CAUGAGUGAAGAAAGAUACACUUUUAUAACUGAAUGGUAUGAUACAAAUGCUGGAAUAGUUCGUUAAUUUCAUCUUUAUUACUUUAUAAACGAUAAUUUAAUUGAAAUAUAUGACUUAAAAAACAAAAGAAUAUUUUUAAAAAAAUGCGAAUAUCCUUAAAUUUAAAUUUCUAAUUUAUAUAUAGGAAGCAUUUUAAAUAUUUAUAGUAGAUAACAUAAAAUUUUGGAUUAUGCCGAUUAAUUUACUCGUUAAAAAUUUUCUUCAUAAGCAGCAAAAUCAUUAUUAAUAAUAAAACCAGAUGCCUAUUUAAAAAUAGGAAACAUUAUCGAAUAAAUAGAAUAAAAUAAUUUCAAUAUAAAUUAAAUAAAAAUGACAAAAUUAUCAUUAAAAGAAGCCGAAGAAUUUUAUGCUGAACAUAAAGGCAAAUCGUUUUUUGCAGAUUUAACAUAAUUUAUUUGUUCUGAUUUAAUAGUUGCAAUAGAACUAGUAACAAACGAUUGUGUUAAUAAUUUAAAGAAAUUAGUUGGACCAACAAAUUGUUAAGUUGCUAGAGUAGAUGCUCCUAAAAGCCUAAGAGCAUAGUUUGGAUCAGAUGGAGUAAGAAAUGGUUUACAUUGUAGUGAAAAUAAAUAAAAAGCUAGUUUUGAAUUAGAUUUCUUUUUUUCAGAAAAAUCAGAUAUAAAACCAUGUGCUAUAUUUAAUAAUUGUACUAUAUGUCUUAUUAAACCACAUAUACUUAAAUAAAGGAAAAUAGGAUAAAUAAUAUAAGUUAUUCUUAAUGAAGGAUUCGAAAUUAGUGCUAUGUAAUCUUUCAAUUUAAAUAGACCGACAGCAGAAGAGUUUCUUGAAAUUUAUAAAGGAGUUUUACCUGAGUUUAAUUAAAUUGCAGAUCAUAUUUCUUCUGGAACAUCAAUUGUAAUGGAGAUUAGGUAAGAAAAUGUUGUCUAGUUAUUUAGAGAUAUUUGUGGACCGAUGGAUCCUGAAAUUGCUAAAAUAUCAUAGCCUUCAAGUAUUAGGGCAAUUUAUGGAAUAGAUAGAAUUAGAAAUGCUGUUCAUUGUACAGAUUUACCAGAAGAUGGAUAAUUAGAAGUGGAGUUUUUCUUUAAUAUUUUAUAAAAGAUUUGAUUUUUUUUAAAAAAAAUAUUUAAAGACUUUAUUUAUUUAUCAUUUAUAUUAAACUUUUACAAUAUAUAUACUUAA